GCGGGAUGGACAAAACAUCACAUCACCGCAUGAAUUAAGCCGGGAACGUACGCACAGCGAAGAACGAAAGUAAAAUUGUUGCGUGUUUUUGCCGUUUUAGCUCAUAUUUUACGUCGUGAGUCCGAUCACACGAAAAGCGGCGUGGACAUAGUUACGCUGUUAUUCAGAGAGAUGUUGCCGAUGGCUUUUAGCGGAGAGAAAGUAAUAACGACGACGACUCAAUUGGCAAGAUGGCUAGCGUGACAAUGCUAACUAGAUCUGGAAGCGAGCACCCACGGACACUUUUAUGGAUGAACGUCCAAUCUUGUUGCAUUUGAAUGAACUGAGGAAUAAGAACGCGCAGAAGAGGUCCACGCAACCCCGCGGCUGUCAUGGACAACGUGAGGUCGGGACGCAGCCACGACGAGGACGAAGAGUCGCACUGCACAGAUCCUGACAUGAAAGAGCGGAUCAAAGACAAGAAGGUUUUGUGCAAAGUCAAGUGGUCCCGCGACGAGGACGAAAAACUGAAAAAGCUGGUGGAGCAACAUGGCACAGACACAUGGAAAUUAAUAGCCAGCUAUUUUCCUGGGAGGACAGAUGGCCAAUGUCAGCACCGCUGGCAGAAGGUGCUCAACCCGGAGCUGGUGAAAGGCCCGUGGACAAAAGAGGAGGAUCAGAAGGUGAUUGACCUGGUGCACAAGUACGGCCCCAAGCGCUGGUCGGUAAUCGCCAAGCACCUCCAAGGCCGCAUCGGCAAGCAGUGCCGCGAGCGCUGGCACAACCACCUCAACCCCGAGGUGAAGAAGUCGUCGUGGACCCAGGAGGAGGACCGCAUCAUCUACGAGGCCCACAGGCGGCUGGGCAACCGCUGGGCUGAGAUCUCGAAGCUUCUUCCCGGACGGACGGACAACUCCAUCAAGAACCACUGGAACUCCACCAUGAGGCGAAAAGUGGAACACGAGGGCUACCUGCAGGACGCUGCAGCUAAGACGGGCACGUCCCCGCACGGCGGCGCUGCCAAGAGCCGCCAUCACUUGGCGCGUCCUCUGACGACAACAGCGGCCGAGCCGCAGCGUUGCGAUCGGAGCCCCCUGCCCCCAGUGACAGCACCCAACCAGAUGGCGGGAUAUGACUUUGAUCCUCAAAGGCGCCACCUGAUGGACACUUUAGUUUUCACACAGCCGCCCUGCCCGGAUGAUCCCGACAGAGAGCAAAGAAUUAAGGAGCUCGAGCUGCUGCUUAUGUCAGCCGAGAGCGAAGUCCGUCGCAGAGGUCCAUGUACCUUGGAGGAGUAUUCGGCCUGGUCGGAUAGCACUCCAGAUACAGCAAGCGGCAGCCUGGAGGCGCAGGCUGACGGGGCGUCCUGGUCGCAGCUGGAGAGCCUGCGAGGGGACCCCUGCCAGCUGCCCGCCUCCUCCGGCAAGUUGUUGGCUGUGGAGGCCAGCGCGGUGCUGUCCACCCUGCAGACCAUACGCGACUUUGCCGAGACCAUGGAGCUCAUCGACUCGGACCCGGCGGCGUGGAGCGACGUGACCAAUUUUGACCCCUCCGAGACGGCGGUGGCGCCGCGGCACGAGCAAGCCGCCUUCGCCGCGCUGCUUCAAGAGAGAACCGCUGACGCUUCGACCGUCUUCUGCCCGACCACUGCCGCCUCUUCCAAGGCGUCGGCGGCCAGGAGGAGGAGGAGAGAGCGAGGCGAGCCAUCCCCUCUUUGCGACAGAACCUACUCCUCUUUUCUGGAAAACGUUUCCAAUUCACCCAAGAGGACGCUCACCAAGUUGCAGCCAUUCACGCCGACGCGGUUCUGUAACAUAUCAGGGGCAGAGCAUCUCAACUUGGAGAACCCGGCGCUCACCUCCACGCCCGUCUGUGACCAAAAGUGUCUCCUCAGCACGCCUAUUCACAAAGAGUCCACACCCAAGCAUCAGAAGGAGAACGAAGGUUCCAGGACACCCAAGUUUCGUAAAACAGUUAUGAUUCCAACACCAAGGACGCCAACGCCCUUCAAGAACGCUUUGGCGGCGCAAGAGAAAAUGCACGGCCCACUAAAGCUGGAACCGCAGCCGUUAGCGUUUCUGGAAGAAGACAUUCGCGAGGUUCUGAAGCAGGAGACCGGGGCUGACAUCUUUAACAGGGCAGCCAUCUUGCAAUCCGACUACCGAGAGUGGAAAGAAAAUGUAGACGCUCCAGCUCGAAAAGUCCGCAAGGCCCUGGUGCUGGACCCCUGGGGGAAAGACUCCCUCAGUCGCCAGCUGUUCCAAGAUCGGCUCAAUGAUGCACAAGUUCCGGAUGAGAGUCUCUUGUCCGGCUCCUCCCUGAGCUCCGCAACCCCCGAACAGCAGCUGCAGGAGGAGGCGGGGGAGGAGGACGAAUGCGGAAACCCUAUGACAGAGCCGAAGGAGACCCCUUCGCCAGUGGCCCAGCACCUUCGUCGCUUCAUCGAGAAGAAACCCCACAGGGGGGCCAAACAGGUGAGCGAGUGGGAAGCGGUGGUCUAUGGCAAGACACAGGACCAGCUGACCUUGACGGAGCAGGCCCGCCAGUACCUGAACCAGUACCCGUCGACCAGCGGCCCCACACCCAGGGCUCUUGUACUAUAAGGACACCAUCGACCCCCACACACACACACACACACAAUGAAGGAAUCCAGCGCAAUAAAUGUGAGGACACUAACCGCCUUUCAACAGAGAGCCUGCAAAUUUGCUUCUGUAAGAGAAGAUAAGGCAUCAAGGCGGAAUGUUGCAACUGCAUCAUUUUCUCUUUUUUUUUGGCGGAGAUUUUCUUUUUUAUGGUUUGAGGGCAAUGUGGAUAGCACUUGUUAUUGUUUUUGGUUUCUAACAAACGUCCCCUGGUCCACAGCCGAGUUGAAUGUAUUUCAUUGUAACGGGAAGGGUACUUUGAUGUUGAGGUUUUGUUUGUAUUUAUAUUUAUUAUUAUUAUUAUGGCUUAGAUAUUAAUAUAAAUCAGACAACCACAGAGUGAGUAGUUCAACUAAAAGGAAAAACGUUUGGCAUACGGACAGCGUUUGCUCGAAGCAGGCUGCGGCUGUUAUUUAUUUACUAAUUUAUUUAUUUUGUGAUUUUCAAAGAGCGACUAUGGAAAUAAUUUUUAUCAUCACAAUCAACUUGUAGGAUAACUAUGACUUGCUAGCAGCACCUGGCCAAUCAUUAUUUAGCUGCGUUUUUUUACUUAGGUGUUCAUAAACAUAUUCUGACCUCUAAUCAUAGACAAAUUGCACUUUUUUUUUAAACUGAAAUUAUUUAGUUUUGUUUGUGAACGUGUAGUUUUUUUGUGUGUUACUUUGAAUCUUUCCUAAUUCAAUGCUGACGUUAAAUGCUGUUUGGUUGAAAUGAUAAUUGGAUGUACAAAGUAUUUUUUAAAACAUCCUAAAAAAUGGAUUCAUUGAUACCCAUACUCAAUACUCAAAAGUGUCCCGAUACUACACAGCAAAACCACCCAUUUCGGCUUUAAAGCAAAACUACACGAUUUUAUUGUCUUCUAAUCUGGAUUAUCCUGUAUUACAAGUGAGAAUAAGAAGGGAAUCUUGUCAGGGAGCUCAAGUGGAAAUAUUAAGAGAGUCUAUGUAUAUACAUUGUGUUUUGUUGUAUAUUUGAGUUAGAGCAAUGGAGUGCAUAUAAAUGGUAAAAAAAGGCAAUAGAAGCAAUACUACUGUAUUUGUGUGUAACGCUGGCUGUACUUUGUAACAAUUAUUUUUAGCUGAGGUUUGAAAGCUGCCCAUAUCUACCCUGCUCUGCAUUCCGGACAAAUAAAUGCAAUUUAUAUUUAAA